GUCACAAGACCGGAACAGUUGCUGCUGUGGCUACCUCAAUGAGAUAGUUGAACUACCUCGAUGGCAGCCUGCAUGAGCACUCUUUCAAUUCUUAAAUAUUCUCAUUUGGACAGCGCCCCUGAUUUUGUAUCUGGCUCUGACCGCAAAGGAAAAAAAAAAAAAGAAAAGCAGCUUAUCUAUUCCAAUUUGUAUACCCAAAUCAAAUAAACCCCAGCUUAUGCAGAAAAGUACCCAUCCAUAUCUUUAUGGUGUGAUUUACCCUGGUCACUAUUCCCAAUGACUCCCGACCAGCAGCCAUCCUCCUCCUCCUCCCACCCCCGGCAGGAUGCGGAGGCGGACCGUCCACCGCCACCUAUCAAGUUCGACCCAGACACCUUCAAACUACCGGGACCCAUGGACUCCACACACGAAGCCAUGCGACUCCUGCGGCCCACAGAGGUCGUCGAGAGGAAAGACGCUGACUCCGCGCCGCUCCCGCUGCCGCUGAUGUUGCUUCCCCGGUGGCUACGGAAGAAGCGCUAUUUCGCGCUGUUGAUAGCGACGAUUUUAGUGGUUGGUACGCUGCUCGCGGUUCUUGGGGGACUGGGGAGGUUGGGGGAUUUAGGAAGAGGUGGGGAGGAAGAGAAGGAUGGCUCGAAUGCGCCGCAGGAUGGGCUUUCUCCGCCUUGGUAUCCGACCCCGAAAGGUGGAUCGGUGGCUAGUUGGGCGAAGAGUUAUCAUAAAGCUCGGAGGAUGGUGGAGCGCAUGAGUUUACCUGAAAAGGUGAAUGUUACUACGGGGGUUGGGUGGCAGAUGGGCCUAUGUGUUGGAAAUACUGGUCCCGCUACAUCUGUAGGUUUUCCAUCUUUAUGCCUACAAGAUGGACCCUUAGGCUUGCGAUUCGCGGACAAUAUUACUGCAUUUCCUGCCGGCAUAACAAUCGGUGCUACCUGGGAUCGGAGUCUGAUGCGCAAGAGAGGAAAACUCCUUGGGCUUGAAGCACGGCUCAAGGGAGUUAAUGUGCUUCUAGGUCCGUCAAUGGGACCUUUGGGCACAUUGCCGGCUGGAGGCCGAAAUUGGGAAGGUUUUGGAUCUGACCCGGUUCUUCAAGCCGUCGCUUCAGCAGAGACCAUCCGAGGUAUCCAGGAAAACGGUGUAAUUGCAACUGCGAAACACUACGUUUUGAACGAACAGGAACACUACAGACAGCCUCUUGAAUGGGGCAUAUCGAAUGCCAUGUCCUCCAAUAUCGACGACCGAACCUUGCGCGAAGUAUACAUCUGGCCGUUUGCAGAAAGUGUGAGAGCCGGGGUUGGAAGCGUCAUGUGCGCCUACCAGAUGGUCAACAACUCGUAUUCAUGCGGGAAUAGCUUGCUUUUGAACGGUAUUCUCAAGGAUGAGUUAGGAUUUCAAGGCUUUGUGCAGUCGGAUUGGUGGGCCCAACAGGCCGGCGUGUCGACCGCUCUCGCUGGACUAGACAUGACGAUGCCCGGCCCUGGUCCGCGGCCUAGCCCGGGGGUCUCUUACUGGGGAAGCAAUCUUGCCAUAGCUGCGCUGAACACGUCCGUGCCAAUGGAGCGGCUGAACGACAUGGCGACCAGGAUAGUCGCGGCGUGGUAUCAGCUAGGACAGGACUCCUGGCCGAAGCCUCCCCCAGACGGUGAUGGCGGGCCAAACUUCUCGUCCUGGACAAGAGAAAAGAUUGGUCGUCUUCAUCACGGAAGUAAUGACGACGAUGCCACGGGUGUGGUGAACAAAUUCAUCAAUGCUCAAAGCGAAGGAGACGACGCGCAUUUGCAUGUGGCGCGUCGAAUCGCCGCUGAAGGCACUAUAUUAUUGAAAAACGAAGGUGGAAUAUUACCUCUUUCAAGAAACGGAAGGAGCCGAAACGCCGGUCUAUAUCGAGUUGGGAUAUACGGAGAAGAUGCCGGCCCGGGAAAAGGCCCCAAUUUUUGUCGGGAUCGCGCUUGUAACCAGGGGACUCUAGCGUCUGGAUGGGGCAGCGGUGCCGUUGAAUUUCCAUACCUUAUACCACCGGGAGAGGCCCUGGAUAGAGAGUUCAACAAUGACACGGUUGAGCUGUCACUCUAUUAUAAGAAUGAGGUUGCCGACCGCGAUCUAAAAGACAAGGAUCUCUGUAUCGUCUUUGCAAAUUCAAAUGGCGGAGAGGGUUUUGUGGCCGAUGGUGAUAUACGCGGAGAUCGAAAUGACCUUUUCCUGCAAAAGGACGGCGAUAGAUUGGUCGAACAUGUGGCAAGCAAAUGUGGGGACGGAUCUGGCGAAACGAUCGUUGUUAUUCACGCCGUUGGGCCCGUGAUCGUUGAGUCUUGGGUUGAUUAUCCCGGUAUUAAAGCCAUUGUGCUUGCCAAUCUCCCCGGGCAAGAGAGUGGGAACGCUCUCGCUGACUUUUUGUUCGGCGACGUGGACGCAUGUGGUCGGCUUCCUUAUACCAUGGGUAAAAGUCUCGAUGAUUAUGGACCAGGGGCCAGGGUGCUGUAUGAAAGCCAGAGGCCCGUUCCACAGAAGGAUUUUUCACACGGCCUUUACACCGAUUAUCGUUACUUUGACAAGCAUAAUAUAACCCCUCGUUACGAGUUUGGCUAUGGCCUUUCAUAUACAACAUUUAGGUUGUCCAACCUCAUUGUCAAGCCGUUGCAGGACAGAACUCCGUUACCGGCUCCGCGACCUGAGCCAAGGGUGUCACCACCGUCAUACAAUGAUGAAAUCCCGCCGCCCAAAGACGCGCUAUUCCCUAAAGGGUUCAGGAGGCUGUCCGACUACAUCUAUCCUUAUAUAUCCUCAGUGAAGGAGGUGACACAAGGACCAUAUGAAUACCCACAGGGAUAUAAUAUAACCCAGGAGCCAUCGCAAGCGGGUGGAGGUGAGGGCGGUAACCCGUCUCUGUUCGAACCUUUUGUCAACGUAUCCGUGGUGCUGGCCAACACCGGUCCGCGCACUGGGAAGGAAGUCGUCCAGGUAUACGUCUCUUUUCCGGAGAACGUAACUGAUAGCCAGCCACUAGCCGACGGUGAAAAAAGCAAUUCCACAGGAAAUCAUACGGAACCGUAUAAUCCCUUGGUCACCAUUGAAUUUCCUGUUCGAGUGCUUCGAAAUUUCGAGAAAGUUGAGUUGGCAUCUGGGGAAUGGACUACCGUAAACAUGUCCCUCACGCGGAAGGAUUUGAGUUACUGGAGCACAAGACAGCAAAAUUGGGUGAUGCCAACGGCGGGAGCUUUCAAGAUAUGGGUUGGUAGGAGUUCUAGGGAUCUUCCGCUUGUUGGCAAGUUUUGAGUUUUGGGAGUGCUAGUGAUUUAAUACUGGGCAAGGUCAACGUAUGGAACGGCGCAUUGCAGAUUGGAUAGAUAUAUACACGCAUAUAUUAUAACAAUUUUAGAUUCAGGCUUGACAAUGAAUAGAAUCCAUUGA